CAGACGCGUGUACUUUAUUCUCCUCGUUCUUCCUUUUCUUGUAAUUUAUCGAAAACCCAUUUCUCAAAAUUUCAUUAUCAUCACUCUCUGUAAAAACCCAUUUAUCAGAAACCCAUUUCUCAGAAACCUGAUUCAAAACGAAAAAUGGGUAGUAGUAGUGGUUUUAUACGAGGAGUUCUACUGGAUGAAUCACUUUUGUUUGCUGAAGAUAACAAUGGAAAUACAUUUUUUCAAUCUGGUUCUGAAUCUCUUCUCAGCAGACUUCAAUACUCAAAUCUCCACACGGCAAUUUCCUAUGAAGGGAGUGUUUCACCCCAAAAGGUUAUCUUCCUCAAGGAGAUGGCAAUGCUAUACUCACUGGAUUGCUUCAUGCUUGACCCAUCUUCAUUAGAUGCAUCCCUUAGUGAGAUUUUGCAAUCGUGGGGAGACAUCGGGGGGAGUUGUUUAUAUGUAGCUUCAAGUAAAGAUGAUGACCUCUUUCUUAAACUACAUGAUCAUGGAUGGCUGACUGUUGCUAAACUUAAGGAGAGUGGUGACGGGAUGGAGGAUUCAGAAGUAAUGCUUAUUAACAAGCUGGAAGAGCUACCUCUUACUCUGUGCCGUCUUAGUAGAAAGUUUACAAGUAAUAACGUCAUAAGAGUUGGUUACGUAAUGAAAGCUUCUCGAGAAGCAGACUUUGCCAAGAGAGGGGCAUUCCCUAUGAAUCCUACUCAGAAUGGGCUGAUGUUUAUUCCUCUCACCUUCGAUCUCCCACUGGAACCUCAAGUGCACGAAGUUGAUGUCGUUUUCCAUAAAGCAACUGACGAAAUUACCAACAUUGAACUGACAGGUUCUUCAGAGUAUUUUAAUGGAAUUUCUUUCUCCAAAGGCAUGCAGGAAUUGAAGAGGUAUUGCGAAAAUCACCCUGAUUGUUGUGUGAUAGACCCACUGGAUAAAAUUUAUCCAGUAGUGGACAGAUUAAUGAUCCAAAAAGUUUUAGCUGGAUUGGAGGAACUCAAAACAAGUGGUGACUGCAGAAUUCGUGCUCCACACUUUCUAAAGGUGGAUAGUUUCAAUGAACCCAAUAUGAUGGAGAGGCUAUCUGAAGCUGAAUUACUUCUUCCUAGUAUUGUGAAGCCUCAAGUUGCUUGUGGAGUUGCUGAUGCCCACAACAUGGCUAUUGUUUUUAGGACUGAUGACUUUCUGGACUUGGCAGUUCCCCUUCCAGCUGUUAUUCAGGAGUACGUAGAUCAUUCAGCUGUGCUUUUUAAAUUUUAUGUUCUGGGGGACAAGGUUUUCCAUGCUGUCAAAAACUCAACACCAAACUCUGAUGUCUUCUUGUCAUCAUUUGAGAAGGAUGGUCUCAAACCGCUCUCCUUCAACAGCUUAAAAUCGCUGCCCACAGCCAAAGGUCAGAUUGAAGCUUCAGGCCUCUCCAGCGCCGAUAGUACGUCUCUUGAUCUGGCAUUAGUAACAGAUGCAGCACAUUGGCUUAGAAAAAAACUGGAUCUUACCAUCUUCGGUUUUGAUGUUGUUAUUCAAGAAGGCACCAGAGACCAUGUUAUCGUGGACGUAAACUAUCUCCCAUCGUUUAAAGAAGUACCUACUGAUGUUGCUAUACCUGCAUUUUGGGAUGCUAUCAAGGGAGCAUAUGAAUCAAGAAGGCGUCAUAACUAGUAGUGACUUAGAAGAUCGUGAGAUGUCGUAAGCCUGUUCAUUCGUAUUUCCUGACUAGAGCUGUCAUAGACCCCAGAAAAAAGGAUAUACAGAAUUUCCAACCUUAACGGUUUCAUUGUUAACUUUGCGAAGAUGAUGGAAGCCAAACUGAAGAUAUUUGAACUUUUAUGUUAUGAACUCUUUUCAAUAGUUUUUCCGAAACGGAGAAAUGGUUAUACAAUUCCAAGGAGGAAGCAGAGAAUAAGUUUAUGGAGUUGGUGUAGUUUCUGAAUAUCUUACUCCGGAGAACAUUGAAUUACAUGUGUGAUAACUUUGUGUUUGUGCUUCAAUUUCUCAGAGAUCUCUCGUGCUUUCUCAUUUCUGAUAAGUCUGUUUGAAAGUUGUAAUUUCUCUUCCUCCAGCUAGCUUGCCAUAGUAAACAUUUUCCUGGAUCUGGUAGUUGUACUGUUGUAGCCUUGCUUUAUGUUUAUUUCAACAGAAGUGGCUGUAACUUUAAUGAUGAAGGUGGGCCUGACAUCUGAACGGUACUAUAUAUGUUACCUGGGCCGCAGCACGAAGAGAUACGUUCCAAAGUAGUCAUUGGUGUUUUCCUGUUUGGAUCCAUCUGACACGUUGUAUAAAGUGCUCUCUUUUAAGUCAA